AUGCCAGAAUCCAUCGGUGAUCAGUAUGAUGUCUUGGAGAAGAUAGGCCAUGGCUCCUUUGGCAUCAUCCGAAAGGUUAGGCGAAAGACAGACGGGAUGGUUCUCUGCCGGAAAGAGAUCAGCUACUUGAAGAUGUCGCAGAAGGAGCGCGAGCAAUUGCAUGCCGAAUUCCAGAUCCUCUCGACCCUCCGACACCCCAACAUUGUUGGCUACUACCAUCGAGAGCACCUCAAACAGAGCCAAGACCUGCAUCUGUACAUGGAGUAUUGCGGCAACGGCGACCUCGGCCGGGUGAUCCGCAACCUCGUCCAGCGCAAGGAAUAUGCCGAGGAGACGUUUGUGUGGACCAUAUUUUCGCAGCUGGUAACCGCCUUAUACCGAUGUCACUACGGUAUCGACCCCCCGGAGGUGGGAAAGAAUGUCCUGGGGAUAGGCGGUGUAAUGAAGCCCAAGACGCCGCCCGGCGUGAUGACGAUCCUUCACCGAGAUCUCAAGCCCGAGAACGUGUUUCUCGGGGAGGAUAACUCGGUCAAGCUCGGAGAUUUUGGCCUGUCCAAGAUGAUCCAAUCGCACGAUUUCGCCUCUACCUACGUUGGCACGCCGUUUUACAUGUCGCCGGAGAUUUGCGCGGCGGAGCGAUAUACCCUCAAAUCCGAUAUCUGGUCGCUGGGCUGCAUCAUAUACGAGCUGUGCGCGCGAGAGCCUCCGUUCAACGCGAAGACGCACUUCCAGCUCGUGCAGAAGAUCAAGGAGGGGAAGGUCCCGGCGCUCCCGCGGGUCUACUCGGCGGAGCUCAUGGCCGUGAUCAAGGAUUGCCUCAAGGUUAACCCCGACGUACGACCCGACACCGCCGCAUUGCUCAACCUCCCGAUCGUGCGUCUGAUGCGCAAAGAGCGCGAGGCCGUCGAGGCCAGGAAAGACCUGCGUGCCAAGGAGAACCUCCUCAACGUGAAGUUAAAGCAGGUUGAGGAGAAAUUGGCGAGGAUUGAAGCGGAUAAGGCAUACUCCCGGCAAGAGAUCGACGGGCAACUACGACGAGAAUGGGAGGUCAAGGCUCGGUUGGAGAUCGACCGCCUCGUCAACGAAGAGAUAGAGCAGCUCCAGAGACGAUUUGAAGCCGAGGUCGAAGCGCGAGUCCAGGAGGAGCUCAACAAGAAGAGUGUUUCCUUCGCCCCUACGGACACUGUGCAGUUCGUAUCGCUCUCCUCCUCGCCUCUGUCGAGGUCGGAUUUCCCGCGAUCUACCAGCACAGAGGGUGAAUUCCCGUCCACUACUGAUAUAACCGAGUUUUCUUGCGACUCACCCGAGGACGUACAGCCUCUUAAGAGGAGUUCACGCGUGCCCUUCGGCCGUGCCCAGACUAUGUUUGAGCGUGUUCCCGGAACACCGAUGGAUGUCGACAUGGCAUCCCCGUCGCCUAUUGCGAUCGCGUCCCUGUCCCUAUCGCCUCGCCGCAACCACUUUAACAAGGUCCCGAUGGGCCUGAAGCCAUCCAUCUUCGACCAGGACCACGACGAAUCCCGGUCGGAUAAGGGUGGGGAUUCGGACCCGGUCCUGUACGAUUCUGACGACGAUGACACCCCUAUUAUCCCGUCGCCGAGUCGCCCGCCGCGAUCGACUAAGAAUCCCUUCGGCCCCCAGCGACCGGUCCUCACGGCCGCCAAGACGGCCCCUGCCAACCGCAUGAAGACGGUGGGCGCUACCAGGUCAACGCCCCCGUCGUCCGUCUCCGGUCCCGAGCUGCGCACGCAGGCCAGCAACGGCGCCCUCCGGGAGCGAGGCAACUCCCCCAACCGCCGGCUAAGCAAGAUCCCCUCGGUCGCCAACCUCGCCGCGGCCAGCGGCGAGAACGGCCCGCAGCGGAAGAACUCGAUCAAGAAGGAGCAGGAGCCGCCGCUCACCAAGGUGGCGGCGAAGAACAACAUCAAGGGCCGCACGCUGGUCGAGCUCCAGCAGGCCCGCGCCGGCGGACGCCCGAUCGAGAACCUCAAUCCCAGCCCCAAGCGCACGUUCAAAGACCGACUGUUCGCCGAGCCCGCCGUCUGGGACCCGGAACGAGACGAGAUGCCAAGUCCGUUCCUCGUGCGCAGAAAACCCGCUGCUCGCGUAUAG